AUGAGCUCGUUACGAAGUCGACCACAGGCAACAAGAAGUGCAAACCAACCCUCCCCGCUGGAGAUGACCACUCGCAGUGAUGCCCGCAAUCUCCAAGCGGCAGCAAAGGCUGCUGCUAAUGGUACUAGCACCAAUACUGGUGCCAAUGGCCAGAAACGAAACCCAUUAACUUAUCAAUUUGCUACUUCCACCCAAGAUAUUCUUCGAAAAUACGCCAAAUACCCUCCGUCGCUAACUUUCCACAUCUACGAAUCACAUUACAAGUUCAACAACUCGCAAGACUCGCAAAUUCUACCCAAAAAUUCACCUAUGGUCAAGAGCUUUCUCCAGCAUAUCGUUCGAGAACAAAUACCAAGCGAAAUGAGCGAGUUGAUUAAAGACUUCUCUAUCCGCUCGUACGACGGGUGCCUCAUUCUCCAGGUCUACGACCAUCGCAAUAUGAUCUCUUCUGAGACCGGUAAACCAGUGGUUCCUACCAAAGAAGACCCCAGUGAAAAACGACUGUCUCCACUGCAGCAAAGUCCAACCACCGCUCCUGCUUCCAAUGGCAGUUCUUCGACUCCAGCUCCUGCUUCCAAACCCAAAACUUAUCGUGCCUUGUUGCGUCCCACGCCUCUUUCAUUGUACUAUGAUUUACUUUACCAUACCGACUCGGCACUCACAAAGUUCUCUGAUCCGUUGGCGCUUCAGAUGGAAUCAGAGAUUCUCACUCUCACAAACCGCAAACUCGAUUUGGCGGUGCCAUUAAACCCAUACAAUUGUGGUCCAUUACUCAAACCAGACGUCGACAGUCCAAAGGUAGAAUGGGAUGAAAAAUUACAGGAUUACAAGAUGGUUCAUAGCCACCGCAAAGAGGUUGCACGCCAACCACGUAAGCUCCAUCAAGAUGAACUUGUGCUCCACAAGUCGUCAGAAUAUGAGGAGAUCAUGUUUCUUCUUUCCAAUAAGCAUAAAAAGACCGACGAAACUCUGGAAAAACAUCUUGUUGUGGUUGGUCCAUCCGCCUUAACAGGAACAGUCGACGGCCCCGACAAGUCCAAGAGCUCGAAUGGUGGCUUGUCGUCAGGAACAGCGGCAGUUGUAGCCAGUGCCAAUGCCAACACUUCUUCUACGGCCAACACCACUGGUCAGUUCAUGAGACUUCGUUUCAUAGAAGAGAUACGAAAACGGCGGGAAGCCCAAAAGGCCCAGCAUGAGGCCAAUGUAGCGGUUCAAGCCCAAAAUAAUGUUAUGAACGUUAUUGGCCAGAAUGCUCCCACCUCCGACCAGAAACCAAAUGUUGCCAAACCACCAAGUAUUCCUGGUUCUUCUCAGCAGCAAAUCUUGGCUGAUAAGGCACAAGCUUUGCGGGCACAACAGCUUCAUGCUCAGCAACAGCAGCAACAGCAACAGCAACAACAACAGCAACAGCAGCGGCAGAGACAACAACAGCUUCAACAGCAAAUGCAAACCAGAGGCCAAAUCCCAAAUAAAAGACAACGGGUUGAUGUUCCUAUGAGUCAGCAAGCCCAACAGAUGCCACAAAUGAACUCUCAAAUGGCAUCGCAGAUGAACUCACAAUCACCCUCGAAUAUGGGAACUCCAGUUAUGAAUGGUAACAUGUACAUGCAACAACAACAGCAACAACAACAGCAGCAAGCCGUUCCACGGAGAGUUCCUCAGCAAGCUAAUAUGCCACAGCUGCAACAACCACCACAACAGACACAACAACGACCUUUGAGUGGAAUGCAACAACAGCAGCAACAGCUUUUCCAGAGCCUUUUAUCUCCACAGGAACAACAGACAUUCCGUCAACUUCAAUCCAGAAUGAACGCUUUGGCUAUGAUGGGCAACACUGGAAUGGCUGCAAACCGAACUCCUCUCAAUCCACAACAGCAGCAGCAAGCACUUCAACAAGCCAAGUUGAUCCAGCAGCAAUUGCUACAAACAUUUCCGGCUUAUUUCCAGCGUUUGAGGCAAUUGCAAAUUAUCCAACAAAGGCAAAAGCAGCAGCAACAACAACAACAACAGCAGCAACAGAGACCAAACGGACCGAUGGGAUUGUCACCUCCACAGCAGAUGGCUCAGCAGUCCAAUAUGGGUGGUAUGCAGCAGCAACAGUACCUCAAUCAGAGAAAAAACGGCUAA